GAUUGCCAUUCAUUUGGCACGCUUGCUCAGUAGUUUUUUUCUUAGCAAAUAUUAAAUCUUCAAUUUGUGUGCGAAAAGUUGUAGUUUUGAAUGUGAAACAUAUUUCUGAAUGUUGAGAAAAUCAAACUGUAAUCGCGAAUUCUUGCGAAUUGGGCUGUCUAAUUCGGUGAAGUGUGAAUACCAGAAGAAAAGAAAAAGGCAAUAAGUGUUUCGGUAUACGUGUGACGAUUGUGUUCUAGAUAAAAGGAAAAUUCCAGUGCGUUAUUUUUGUUUGAGGGAUCGCGAAGGUGCUGUUUUCGCAUAAUCCGGGUUUUCGGAGAAUACCUGCCGAUCUUGAUCAUUACCUGAGAGAUUUUCCACUCACGAUUCCGGCAGCUCGGCUGCAGUGCAGCAGCGUCAGGCAGCGUCGAGCUGUUCCGAUUUGCUACAUCGGUUUAGUCGCCGGUAUCCAUUCCCCGGAGAAAGAAGCAGUGUGAAGUGUUUUUUCCUGAGGCAGACGAAUAGCGAGUGAUUCCGAGAAUGUUCAAUUAUAGCUGCACUGGCGAUGUGACACGCAGUCAGCGGCAACGACAGCAACUACAGCAACGCCGGCAGCAUCGGCAAUAGGUAGACAUAGACUGUGCGUUUUAGCUGCACGCCGCAGCAGUGCUCAAACUCCAUCCGGUCCGGGUGGAAGACAUUCCGAAAUUCAAAUUAGAGUUCACCCGAAAAAAGAAGGAAUAUUUUCUCUUGAGCUAAGCUCUGAGACUCCCGUCUGGUGCAGUUGCUGUUGAUCUGCGCCACUUUGAAGGAGGCGGAAAAUCUUUGAAAGGAAAAUCCGUGGAGAACAAAGUUGGCGAGCUUUCAAAAUCAUUGCUGGUUUGUGAUUGCAGCAGCAAAGUGCUCGACUUGCAGCAACGGUGCAUAACUGGUUUUCGGAAAUUGGGAUACGAGUGCAUAAAUUCAUCAGUGGCUUGCGAGUAGUGUUGGGUAAUAACAUUGCCAGUAGUGUGUUGAACGUGAGUUGAAUUUUUCAUUUGCUAAUAGAGCAAUUUGUGUUUAUUAUUUGGCCGUCUGUGUCUAGCACGUAGUGAUUACAAACAAGGUUAUAAAUUUUAGUGCAACUUUUGGCACACGAUUUGGAAGUUGAUUCAGUGCAAACGUGAUAACAGUUGAAGCGAAAUUUGAGUUGUUUUCCUUGAAAAAGUUGAAUAAUAGGACUGGCGAAGCAGCAGUUCUCGCAGUAGUAUCGGCUUCUAUCCGGAGUCCUCCAGAGGAAUAUGGAUAGAAGCGUCGACUCUAUUGGUAGUUGUUCGCUCGACGUAGAUGCUGAUUCAACGGAUUUCUCCGACACCUCAGGGGAGUUAAACUUUCUCACGCCGAACUCGGCCAAAGACAUCCAGCGCGAAUUUACCGCUGGCAUCAAGGAGCGUUGUAAGAUUCCUGUUAUCAACUGUCAAGCCGUUACGACCGUACUGGAUCCAGUGACCGGGAACAUCAGUACCGUCCUCACGACGACGUCGCCACAAACGGAAACGGCCACGACGGCGGUGGCGAGUAAGAAGCCAAGCUACCUGAAUUUGGCCUGCUGCGUCAAUGGCUACUCGAACCUGACGACGUACGACUCGAAGCUGCGGCAGGAUAUUAACAAGUCGCGGGAGGUGUCACCAAGCCGGCCAAUCAUUGCCACCUUGCAUUACAAUCGCUCGGAUGGUGGGAAUUUUCAGUUAACCGCGCCCACGCUCAGUUACAUUAGUAUGAAUAAUAGCAUAAAUAAUAACAUCAGCAACGGAAGAAUCGGCGGAAUGGUCAACGGAACGGGACGUUACGGUGGGACUGGCGGGAUCUCCGGGGGCCAGGAUGUCACAGAUAAUGCGUCAAUGUUUAAUGGCAACGGAUUUGGCGGUGGCGGGCUGAGGACCAAAGUGAUUUCAUCGCAAUCCCAAAUUAGCAGUGCUAGAGAGAGCGAAAAGGUAGUGAAGAAGAGCUUCAUUCAGCAACGCGUCGAAAAGUUGUAUGGUAAUGCGGAAGGUGUAGUGAUAAAUAAGCAAAUCUACAAUGGCAACGAGAGGAAAUAUUUGAACAACAUUGCGAAUGAGAAUGUGAGCAAAAACUACUGCAAUGCGAUUCACAUGAACGGCAACGGAAAUGUGGCUACGAAUGGCGGUGGUGUGAGUGUAUUGAAUGGUGGUUCGACCGGUGUGGGAGGAGUGGGUACGAAGGAAAAUCUUGACGAAAACAAUAAGGAAAUCGACGAUGAUCCAGACAUGGAAGCGCUACCCGUGUUGCGGCAUCUGCGGCCCGAGUUUCGAGCGCAGUUGCAAAUUUUCUCGCCCAAGAAAGUUCCCAAAUCGUCGCCGAACCGAAGCGUCACCAGCAGUAGCAAUGGCGAUGGCCGCAGCCUUAAUUCCAUCGGUUAUCACACCGUUCCCAGUGAUGAGCUAAGUCAUCACCAGUCGCAUUCGGCGUUGCACUCGAAUAAGGGCAAAGUCACAUCGAACGGUACGGUGGCGACCAGCGCCACCACUUUGUCAUCGUGUUCAGUUUCGACGACGCGCACGGCCAAUGGACGCCCUCAUUAUCAUCCGCCGGCGGCACGAUCCGAGUCCGAGCUUUUAUCAGUGGCUACUUCGGCUUUGGUGACGUCCAAGCCGUGCGACGGAGAAGCUUCAAACCCGAUCCAUCGGGAAUCUUGCUCACCAUCAGUUGCACCAUCGGCAAAGUUGAUGUCGCCGGCAGUGACAGAUCAGACACCGACUGUUGAUGAUCUUACUUCCGAUAAGGGAUCGAAACUAGUGACAGAUAAUAUGAAGCUGAACCAUUCUUCUGCGGACAUCAUGGCGUUCAACGGCGAUGGAAGUGAUAAUGAAGCGAUAUUGCGGAACGGAACUAGUGAAAAGAAUGGCCAUCACUGCAAGCAUUUAGAAGAUGAGAAGGAAAAUGUGAAUGGCAGCGACGUGGUGACGGCAGUGGAAAUUGCGCCGACCAAGACUCAGUUGAAGGACGGAAACUAUUUCCUGCAGGUGUUGAAGAACGAACAAAAUCGGCUUCUCACAAUGGCAUCGGAACUUGAGAGGGAAGCCGAAGCUUUGAAGGUUGAUGGCGUAGAUAUUAGCGAAGAAAUUGCUGGUUACGUGUUGGUGGCUGCCGGAAAGGCGCGGCUUCUUUGUACACAGAAAAUGAAACAGUUUGAAGGUUUAUGUUACAACAAUUUAAAUCAAUCGCCGGACGAAAAGUUCCAAACGACAAAUGAAGAUCUGCGUGGUUUCUGGGACAUGUUGCUGCUGCAAGUUGACAAUGUGGACGCCUCUUUCCGGGAGAUCGAUUCGUUCCGGGAAAAUGGAUGGAAGAAACCGUUACCUAAAAGUCCAGUUCCGCAGGCUCGUAGUACAAAACUCGUAAAGCGACCUUUUAAAACCCCCGCCACUGCAGUAUCGAACGGUUCGGUGGAUAAUCACACGAAUGGCUCUAGUAAAGACAGCAGUACAAAGUCGGCGGCAUCGGAAGCGAAGAAGGCAGCCGCGGCUAAGCGGGAAGCCCAGCGAAAACAGCUGAUGGAGAUGAAACGGAAGCAGAAAUUGGCCAGCAGUCAGCAAAAUGUUGAGAUAUUCGUCCCCGGAGCGGCCAAUAAUGGCAGUACUAACUCCUCCACCACCCCCAGUGUUGUUGUGAAUGUAUCCGAUGCGACGAAUGGUGUCGCUGUAGUGGAUGCGAGCUGAUUCCGCUGCGCUUAGCUACACAACAUCAUCUAGGCUAGGUGAUCGGUAUCGCACAACUGCGGUCGAUUGCCCGGAAGUUACGUAAAUGUGGAAAAAAUGUUUCUGCCGUUCUUUUUGUAUUUUUAAACUGAACGCUAACUUCUAGAUAAUUGUAUUUGACUGAUUUAUUGUGGACGACCCUGAAACCUACGUUACAAGUGUGGAUUUAAUCUUGACAAAACCGGACUCGACAAGGAGUAUGCAAGGGCAAGUGGGAGUAUAAAUUAUAAUCAACCGUAACUAAAAUACAUCCAUUGUGAUUUUAUGAGAAAUGACAAUUUUUUAUAUGUUGAGUAUACUUAUUAUUAGUUCUUAGAAAUCCGAAUAAAAAACGUAAGAAGGUAAAUUAUUUAUUUAGUUGUAAGAGUCACAUGCUAAACAAGCAACUUUUUAUAGUGUGGAGAUUUUGCAUUGCAUCAGCAAAGCAUGCAAAACUAUACCAAUUACAUUGUUUGAGUUGAUUGAAAUGCCAGUGCUGUACGCAAUAGGAACAGUUUGGUACAUCCUCCGGUUUCUGAAAAUUGCAAACGAUAAAGGAGAUGAAUUUACUCUUUUAUAGGUUUAGUUUUUAUGAAAAAGUAAUAUCUAUUACAGUCUCAUCUGGACUAGAUGAUAAUUUUUUAGCGAAGCGCUACAAAAAUUCAGAAAAUUUAUUUCGGCUACUACAAUUGACGUAUUAAAACUAACCCUUUGAAAUAAUCAAUUUGUUUACGUUUUAUAUCAUUUUAAUUUUGAUGCUUUCUAUAAUCGUUAAUUUUACUACAUACUCGCGCUCUGGUUAGAUUUCCGUUUGUAACUUCUGCAUUAACCGAUCCCAUAUACCGUCGCCAAUGCUUUUCCAACUUCGACUCGACAUUUACGAUAGUAAGUUAAUUAUGUACAAAAACUCAUCACCAUCAGUGUUGUCGACUUUCCAACAUUCCACUCUCCUUCUGACAGCUUUUUCACGUGUCAUCUAAUGAUAGAUUUUUUUUAUUUGACAUUACAUCAAUAUGAGUGCCUUUUGAUCAUCGAUCACGAACAUUAGUACAAAAAAACAAGUAAACUGUUUUAGUUUUUCACCAACAUUUUCGAUUACUCGUUAUCAAAAUUGUGUAAUUUGUCGAGUUGAAACCCGUGCUAUCUGUAUCUAUUUCUAUAUCUAGUAUUUUUGUAUCUAGUAAAAUUUGCUCAUACUUUCAAAUGAUAGAAUUAUGACUAUAUGAACUACGUAAUAACUAGCUAUUGAGCCACUUGUAGACACAGACGCACGCCUGCUUUAAAAAAGUAUGCAAGCAAAACAACAAGAUUCGAGUUCAAUCACGACGACGAAUAAAGUAGUCAAAUAUAUUCAUAGUGUUCUGAUUUAUACUGUAACCUGCAAACGAUCUAUUCAACUAUCGAAUCACGCAAAUUAACAUAUACAGAAGAUAAAGAAUGAAUCUGAUUAUCCGUUCCCAGCCGGGAAAUGGAGUGGUAUGCAAUGAUGCAUGAAUAAAGUGAAAAUGAUGUAUUGUGAAUACACGAAUG